AUGGAUACUCCCCCUGGCACACAUGAAAGCAGAAAUCAAACGUCCAUCAUGGAAUUUAUCCUCCUGGGAUUUGGGAAUGUCCCAGAACUGCAGGUUCUUCUCUUCCUGCUGUUUCUAGUGAUCUACAUUAUGACCAUGGCCGGGAACAUCCUCAUUGUUGCACUAGUUGUGGCUGAUCAGCACCUUCACACCCCCAUGUACUUCUUCUUGGGGAACCUGUCCUGCUUGGAGACCUGCUACACCUCCACCAUCCUGCCCAGGCUGCUGGCCAGUCUCCUGACUGGGGACAGAACCAUUUCUGUGAGUGGCUGCUUCAUGCAGCUUUAUUGUUUUGGUGUCUUGGCAUGUUCAGAAUGCUAUCUCCUGGCAGCGAUGUCCUACGAUCGGUAUUUAGCGAUAUGUAAACCACUGCACUAUACAGCCCUCAUGAAUGAUAGGUUCUGCUUCCAGCUAGCAGCUGGGUCUUGGAUUAGUGGAUUUGUGGCUGCUUCCAUAAUAGUAUCUUGGAUAUCGAUGUUAAUGUUCUGCGGUCCCAAUGAAAUUGACCAUUUCCUGUGUGAAUUCAACGUAGUGAUAAAACUCUCCUGCAGUGACACCCAUGGCAUGGUACUUGUGGCUUUCCUGCUGUCCUCCUUAUUCACACUACCACCAUUUCUAUUAACCCUGACUUCCUACAUUUCUAUCAUCACCACCAUCCUGAGAAUCCCAUCCACCACUGGUAGGAAAAAGGCAUUUUCCACCUGUUCCUCUCACCUCAUCGUGGUGACCAUUUUCUAUGGAACCCUAAUCAUUGUUUACUUGCUUCCAGACGUCAACACACUUCGAAGCAUGACCAAAGUCUUCUCUGUCUUCUACACCAUUCUCACACCACUGGUCAACCCCCUCAUCUACAGCCUGAGAAACAAAGAGGUAAAGGAGGCCCUGAGGCAAGUUGUCAGGAAACUUGGUUCUUUCACAGCAGUUCAGAGAAUUCAAGCUAAUGCCUUUAGAUCAAAAUGA